AUGCAAACUACACAACCUGCCAGCAUCCAGGUUCGGGCUCUCGCUUCCAUUGCUUCCCUUCAAAAUCACAAAUACUUGAAUCUGCCAUUGGUGGACUUUCAACAAUUCGUCACUGGAACCCGUCGUGACAAACGUGUCUGCUCGGAUGCUAUAUUGAAGGGCUUACGAGAAGAAGGAUUCUUGUACUUGACUGGUCACGGACUCGAUCAAGCACAGAUCGAUCACGUCUUUCAACAGUCAAAAUGGUUUUUCAACUUGUCAAUGGCUGAAAAGAACAAACUGGCAUGGCAAUCUCCUGAAGCAAACCGUGGUUAUGUGGCCCCAGGACGAGAAAAAGUAUCUCAAUUAAAAGAUCCAAAGGAUGUCGCACAGCUACGCACUCAAAGCCCAGACUUGAAGGAAUCUCUUGAAAUUGGACGUGAACCAUCGCCAAACAAUUAUGUAAACAAUUGGCCAAAGAAUCCGGAAUUCAAAAAGACAAUGAUGGAAUUCUUUGAGUCUGCUCAUCUACUUCAUCUCGAAAUCAUGAAUGCCCUCGCUCUCUCCUUGAAUCUUGGAAACAGAUUCUUUGAUGAAUUCUGUGGAGCAAAAGAUCAUAACCUGAGGCUGCUUCACUAUCCAGCAGUCCCCAAAAACCUAUUGGACAAGGAUGGCCAUUCGCGUGCAGGAGCGCACUCUGACUAUGGAACGCUUACACUGCUCUUUCAAGACGACAAGGGUGGUCUCGAAGUCAAGGACAAACAUACGGAUCAAUGGGUUCCUGUCCAUCCUAUACCUGGCACUAUUGUCAUCAAUGCUGGGGAUCUCUUGGCUCGAUGGGCAAAUGAUACAAUCACUUCGACAGAACACCGAGUCGUCUCGCCACAAACGUCUACAGCAGACAAAAACAGCUAUGACGAGAGAUACAGUGUUGUCUUCUUUUGCAAUCCAAACUUUGAUGCCGAGAUCAAGGUGUUGCCAUCAUGUUCUGGAAAGACGAAUCCUCCUCGAUAUGAACCAGUCAACACUCACAGGUACUUGACUGAACGACUCUCAACUACGUAUUGA